CCCAUCGCUCGACGGAGGGAAAGAUUUUUUUUGGGUGGCCCGAGAGGUGUAUGCACAUAUCGGUUGGUCGGCGUUCUUGGGGCACCCCAUGACGCCACCUGACCAUUAAAAACCGUGCUGAUGGCCAACGUACUCCCUAAGAUCAGGAUUAUGGAUUCCUCGAGGGUUUCCCUGGAGAGGCAGGAUACGGGCGGGAAGGGAAGAGGAGGAGCAAGGGGUGAAGUGCAGCCAGUCACGGGCGUAAAACUUGCUUCGAAAUUGCGAAACCCUAUGGGUGCGGCACCGACAGCCUCGAACGAUGCGACAGCGCCUGCGAACGGGAAAAAGAGUAUGGAGAAGAAAAGUCUGGAGAAAAGGAGCUUUGAGAAGAAAAGCCCAGAGCAUGCGGAGGACACGGCAGUAGAUCCACUUUCUCAACACAUCUUCAAGCGGACGAAUACGUCGAACCUUCAGCGAUUACGGUCUCAAACCCUUGAUGGAUCGGGUCCGAUCCUCGCACCAACGGCCGAUACGCAUACGGAUACCAAGGGAGAUGCAUUGCGUGAAUUAAGUAGCGCGAGUAAGGCGGACAAAAAGAAAGGAGUCUCUUUCUUAAGCCGAUUCAUCGGCACUAAGAAGAAAACAGCGACUGAUGGUACAGAUGACAAUGGCUCUGAAGUCGAGGACCACAGACCUGAAGGUAUGGACGCCACGCUUUUCGCACACACUGGGGACAAUUUGGGUUUCCACCCAAAAUACCCUCAACCUCCGGCAUAUAUCAAAGUACGGACCAAAUUCAAAAAAGCGAAGGAGUUUAACCAUUUAUUCCUCGCGCAAGAGCUACAGUCGGGGACGAAGAAUAAACAUGUACCAGCUGUAGGGGCCAAUCCAGUGCCUCAAAGCGGCUCAGCGGGUAGUCAAAAUCCUGUCUGGGCUACAGAGUUCAGCCAAGACGGAAAGUAUCUUGCUGCUGGAGGGCAGGAUCGAGUCAUAAGAGUCUGGACGGUCAUCUCAACGCCAGAAGAGAGGAGGGUGCAUGAGCUGGAAGAGAGCAACAAGAGAAUGGCGGGUGGUGACGGCACGUAUCUCAGUGCGCCGGUCUUCCAACAGAAGCCUCAUAGAUUGUAUAUUGGACACGAGUCGACCAUCCUGGACUUGAGUUGGAGCAAGAACAACUUCUUGCUUUCCUCGUCAAUGGACAAGACAGUUCGACUUUGGCAUUUGAGCCGAAGUGAAAGCCUAUGUACUUUCAAGCACUCCGACAUCGUACCCUCGAUUCAAUUCCACCCCAGAGAUGACCGAUUCUUCCUCGCAGGUUCCCUCGAUACCAAGUUGAGAUUAUGGAGUAUCCCUGAUAAGUCGGUUGCGUACACCGCAAACGUUACCGACAUGAUAACUGCCGUUGCUUUCACUCCAGAUGGUAAAACUUGCAUAGCUGGUACAUUAGGUGGGCUUUGCUCGUUCUACGACACGGAAGGAUUGAAACACCAAUCACAAAUCCAUGUCAAGUCAACCAGAGGACAAAACGCCAAGGGCAGUAAGAUCACUGGAAUACAAGUCAAAGAGGUUUCGACUAGCAAAGACAAGGAAGACCUUAAACUCUUAGUUACAAGUAAUGAUUCCAGGAUACGCGUUUACAAUAUGCGAGACAAGAGUCUAGAACUCAAGUUUAAAGCGCACGAAAACAACUCGAGUCAAAUACGAGCCACCUUCGCCGACGAUACUAACCACAUCAUCUGCGGAAGCGAAGACCGAAAAGCCUACAUAUGGACCACCUCCGUCCCCGAAGCUGGUCGCAACCAACGGCCCGUUGAAAUCUUCGAAGCCCACAACGCAAUCACAACCUGCGCCAUCAUCGCGCCCCUCAAAACCCGCAGACUCCUCAGCGCCUCCGAAGACCCAAUCUUCGACCUCUGCAACCCACCUCCCGUAACCCUCAUCUCGCGCGAACCCUCCAUCGCAGAUUCCAAACCCCCCACCGAAACCGCCUCCUCCAACCUGAACACCCCCGCCGAACCCACCUUCCCCAAAGCCGCCGCCAGCCCAGCCUAUAUCUCGCGGUCAUCCCACCAAGACGGGAACAUCAUCAUAACCACAGACUACACGGGCUCCAUCAAAGUUUUCCGCCAAGACUGCGCCUGCACAAAACGCAUGCGCUUCUCCGACGCCGCCGCCUGGGACGCCUCGUCCGUCUUCUCCAAACGCACGGGCUCGAAAAUAAGCAUCAGUCGCACCGGGAGCCUCAUCUCGCGCUCUGGCGCCAACAACGCGAACCGCCGCGAUUCUCGCCGCAGAGACUCGACGUCCACCCAACCCCCCAACGAGCGCAUCAUGUCGUGGCGCCAGGAACUCUCCCACCAGCCUUCGAGCACGAGCUCGUCGCUGUUCGAAGCGUUCCAUGGGAGUGGAACGCCCAGGGCGAGCGGGACGAGGAGUUCGUCGCCGGCGAAGAGGAGAAGUCGGAUUAGCAUGAUCAGUAUGACCAGUGCGUCGAAUUCGCCGCGGUUGGAGCCGCAGGUUCUGACCGAGGAAGAGGCUGCUGGGGGUGUGCAGGGGUUGGGGCUGAGGAUUUGA